AUAGCGAAUUUUGGCAACCCUGAAUGAAAAGAGUCCAACUAGAAGAAGUGGGAGUUGCAUUUGCUUAAUUAAAAACAAACAAAUAUAAAUAAUAGAUCUGUUUCGCCAAGAAAUAAAGUGCAAAUGCAAGCAAAAUGGGUAAUCAAUUGGUUGGCAUUGCACCAUCGCAGAUCUAUGCAGUGGAACACUAUUUUUCAGGCCAGUUUGGCAAUGAAAUCAUUUUCGACUUGAACAUGGGAAGUACACGAUUUUUUAAAGUGGCCAAAGCUAAAACUGAAGAGGGAUUGAUAGUGGUCAAGGUAUUUGUCAAACAUGAUCCAACAUUACCUUUGGAGGAUCACAAAGAGCGCUUGGAGAGCAUCAAAAAAACUCUUGCCAAUGCUGUUAACUGUUUGCCGUUCCAGCGAGUGGAGCUCAUUGACAAAGCAGCCUACAUAAUGCGGCAGUACGUUAAGCAUAGUCUAUACGACCGCGUUUCCACGCGACCUUUUCUCACUGUGCUGGAAAAGAAAUGGAUAUCAUUCCAAAUAUUAUGCGCCCUGAACCAGUGUCACAAACAGAAAAUCUGCCAUGGCGAUAUAAAGCUUGAGAAUAUAUUGAUUACCUCUUGGAAUUGGAUUCUGUUGUCAGACUUUGCUUCAUUCAAGCCAACAUAUUUACCAGAAGACAAUCCAGCAGACUAUACUUAUUUUUUUGAUACGAGUAGACGUCGCACUUGUUAUAUAGCUCCAGAGCGCUUUGUCAAGACUUUGUCUUCUGAAGAUGAUCCAUAUAAUGCAAAUAUGUCCGUUAUACAUUCGGAUUCUAUAAUACCUGUUCCCACAUCAUAUACAGGCAACACUUUGCAGCCCGCAAUGGAUAUAUUUUCUGCUGGCUGUGCCUUGCUAGAGCUUUGGACAGAGGGCACUGCCCCAUUUGAGUUAUCACAAUUGCUCGCCUAUAGGCAGGGCGAACGAGAUCUUGUUGAGAAACAUUUGGCUGGCAUUGAAAAUGAGCGACUGCGUAGUUUACUGGCAUCCAUGAUUGACAUUAACUCAUUAAAUCGAAAGAGCGCAGAGGAUUAUUUAGAUCAGGAGCGCGGUAAACUGUUUCCGGAAUACUUUUACUCAUUUCUGCAGUCAUAUUUGCAAAUGUUCUCAUCGACUCCAAUUAUGUCUCCGGAUGAUAAGAUACAGUGUUUGCACAAGGACAUCGGACAUUGCAUUAAGGUGCUGACAAAUGCACAGGAUUUGACGCCCAGUGAGGAAGACAAAGAAAAUAUAGAAAAGAAAGACCCGGUGAAGUGUGAGCGGCUGCCGCCAGAGCAAGAUGGUCUUAUACUAAUCAUAACAGUGGUUACCUCUUGCAUCAGGGGUCUCAAACAGUCCAACACGAAAAUCGCUGCAUUACAGUUGCUCCAAAAGUUAUCCAAGUAUACCACAUCGGAAACCAUACUGGAUCGUAUAUUGCCCUAUAUUCUGAAUCUGGCUCAAAAGUCGCCAGCCAAGGUGCAAGUUCAGGCCAUCGAAACGUUGACUGCAUGCCUGAGCAUGGUGAAGGACAUUCCACGCAGCGAUGCCAAUGUGUUUCCGGAAUACAUACUACCCUAUAUCGCAGACUUGGCCAGCGAAUCUAGCGCUGUCAUCGUGCGUGUGGCCUUUGCCCGCAAUAUUGCAGCAUUGGCCAAAAGUGCUGUUUAUUUUCUGGAGGAAACACAGCGAAAUGCACCAAAUGAAAUGCCCACGCCCCGCUACGAGGCGGAGUUGAAUGCAUUACACGAUAUUGUUCGCCAGGCGGUGUUAAGUUUGCUGACGGACACCCAACCCAUUGUCAAGCAGACGCUGAUGGAGUCAGGCAUAUGUGAUUUGUGUGCAUUCUUUGGCAAAGAGAAGGCAAACGACGUGAUACUCUCGCACAUUAUGACGUUUCUCAAUGACGAGGACAAGAAUCUGCGCGGCGCAUUCUAUGACAACAUUGCCGGUGUUGCCGGCUAUGUGGGCUGGCAGGCAUCGGAUAUACUGGUACCGCUGUUACAGCAAGGCUUUACAGAUCGCGAAGAAUUUGUCAUUGCAAAGGCCAUACGUGCGGUGACCAUUCUAAUCGAAUUGGGACAUAUAAGAAAGCCUACCGUAACUGAGAUUGUUAAGGAAACCGCCUGCUAUUUGUGCCAUCCCAAUUUGUGGAUUCGCCAUGAGAUUUGCGGCAUGAUUGCGACCACUGCCCGCAAUUUGAGCGCCAUUGAUGUGCAAUGCAAGAUUAUGCCAGCCAUUGGAAGGUUCUUAAAGGCGCCGCUCAUACAAGUGGAUAAACCGCACAUUCUGCUAGACUGUUUAUUUCCGCCCAUACCCAGGCAAAUUUAUGACAGUGUGCUGCGCUUCCAGGAUGUUCAAUGCUUUGUCGGUGCUCUUGAAGAUCGCGCGCGUUUGCGUGAAAAUGCACGAAAUGGUGCGCAACCACAAUAUGAUGAAAUGGGCAGAAAGGUCUAUGAUGGAGUGCAACGCUUGGAGGACAUUCAAUACUAUGUAGGUUCUGUUGGAGAUCGUGCACGGUGGCGAGGAAUUACUCGUCCUGGAGCCCAACCGCAAUUUGAUGACAUGGGUCAGACACUACUCAAUCUCUUUCGACGACUCAUCUCGGAGGGAUUGACGGACACCAUUGAGUUGCAAUUGUUGGCAAUGAAACCUUUUCUAAUAGCGCUUAAGCACAAGGCUCAACAAGAUAUCGAUGAUGGUAAUUCAGCCAAUGGGCGGAUCCUGGUCAGCCGCAAGCACGUUGCCUGCCACGAAUAUCCACUGGCGGAAAAGGCAACAAAAUUGACCCUGGAUAAUCGAACCUCUCAUGAUACGCAUGCACAAGCAGUAGUUUCACCGGCUUCAGAUGUGGGUGUAACUCCACACAUAGCUGGUGGUUCCUCCGGCAGUCCUGCAUCCGGCGCCAUGCUACUUGGAGUUCCACCAACAACAGUGAGUGCCGCCACUUCAUUGGGCGAAUAUACCUUGCCGGAUCGUAACUAUUCAUUAGAGCGUUCGUCGGAGUGUUGCAAGGACCUAGAGUCGUUGACUCUUAAAAUCAAGCGACGCUACAAUGUGCUGGCACUCUCGCAGCGUUGCAACUAUGAUAAGCUGGUCACUCCGUAUCCACCGAAUUGGCGCCUAAAUGGCACACUAGUGGCACAUCUACAUGAGCAUUCUGAGUCGGUAAUUAAGCUAGCGCCACUGCGCCCGGAUGGCUCGUUGUUUGCCAGCGGCAGUAUUGAUGGUACUGUCAGGUUGUGGGACUGCAGCAAGCUAAAUGGCAAUCAGGGAAUUAACAAGUCGCGCCAGGUGUAUUCUGCCCAUACGCCUGUUUAUGCAUUAGCUGCAUGCGAUGCUGGACAGUCGCUGGCUGUGGGUGGCAAGGAUGGCAGUUUGCUUAUAAUGCGCAUUGACCGAAAUUCCACUAAGAUGACGCUGCAGCAGGCCUUGGAUCAGAAUGAAUUCAACGAUGGCCCCGUUGUGGAUAUGCAUGCAUAUGAUCAGUCGGCGCAGAGCGUAAUCGUCUAUGCCACACUAUAUGGGGGUAUUGUGGCCUGGGAUACUCGCAUGCAGCAUAGCGCCUGGCGAUUGCAGAAUGAGUUGCGCCAUGGCGUUAUUACCACCAUCUGUGCAGACCCAACUGGCUCCUGGCUGGCAACGGGCACCAGUGGUGGCAAACAUAUCUGCUGGGACCUGCGUUUCCGACUACCCAUAACUGAGAUAAAGCAUCCAGCUGAUUCUUGGAUUAGAAAAGUUGCCUGCCAUCCGACAGAGCCAUCAUAUCUAAUCUCAGCAUCGCAGUCCAAUAACGAGGUAUCGGUUUGGAAUAUUGAGACCAGUCAACGACAAACAGUGCUGUGGGCGAGUCCAGCGCCCGUCUUAACCAAUACCACUCAAAAUGAUCCAGCCACAACAUGCGGUAUAUUGAGCGGAGUGGUCGACGGAUCACCGUUCAUCUUGACAGGUAGUUCGGACCAGCGCAUUAGGUACUGGGAUAUAGGAUCACCAAGGAAUUCGGCCUUAAAGGUGCCAGCUUCAAAUGACAAUUUGGCCAAUGUGUCUUUUAACUAUAGCGCCCGUCUUAUCGACGGCAGUCAGGUGAUUGAGGAGCAAAUCAUUCCCAAAAAUAGUAUAGGCGAUUCACAACAGAUGCGCGCUUCAAUAGAGGAAAGCCCUAGAUCGGGACCCGAUAUGCCUAAAGCAAGUCAUCACGAUGCCAUCACUGACUUGCUCAUGUGCAAGGAUAAGGGACAGAUAUAUAUAGCGUCGUCGUCGCGAGAUGGUGUUAUUAAGCUAUGGAAGUAGAGGAAGCUUAUUUAAACUCUUUUUAUCUGUGAUUAGUCUAAUUAAACUAAAUAAAUAAUCAAUGCCUGCAUAAA